UGCCUGACCUGCGGGGCCGACCUCUGCCUCUUCUGCUGCCAGGCACACAGGAGGCAGAAGAAGACAGCCUCUCAUGCUGUGAUGGAGCUGGAGAGCACCAAGGAUUGCAGCCAGGCCAGGAAGCCUCUCUUCUGCCCUUCCCAUCCCACGGAGGAGCUAAAGCUGUUUUGUGAGCAGUGUGAUCACCCUGUGUGCCGGGAUUGUGUUAUAGACAGACACCGGAAGCACCGCUAUGACUUCACCGGCAAUGUCAUCCACAGGCAUGGGGAUGCCCUGCGGGAGCUGCUGAAAAGCACCCAGCAGCACAUGGGCACCUUAGAAGAUGUUUUAAGUCGGAUUGAUGACAUGGGCAGUGCCAUCCACAGUCGCAUGGAGACUGUGUCUGCAGAGAUCUGUCUGUUUGCCAGUGGGUAUGUGAAAGCGAUUGAAGAGCACUGUGACCGGCUGCUGAAGCAGCUGGGGGAUAUGAAGGUACAGAAGGAGAACCUGCUGCACUUGCAGAAGGCCCAGAUGCAGCAGCUGCUGUUGGACAUGAGAACAGGCGUGGAGUUCACCGAGCAUUUGCUGACAAAUGGCUCGGACCUGGAGAUCCUCAUCACCAAAGGGGUGGUGGCAAACCGACUGGCAAAGCUGAAUGGCAUUGCUUACAACACCCACCCCAGCGUGGACGAUGGGAUCCAGUUCUCUCCCCAGGAGAGGGCAGGGCAGUGUUGUGGCUAUGAAGUUUUUGGGGCCAUUCUCAAUAAAGUGAUUGAUCCAGCCAGAUGUAUUCUGCAUGGGAAAGACCUCUACAGUGCCCGUCAGAACGAGCUGACUGGCUUUACCCUGCUCUGCAAUGACACCAUGGGGGAGCGGAUGCAACGAGGAGGAGAGGCCGUGCGGGUCACCAUCACUCACAAGGACAAGAGGGACUGUGCAGUCAAGCCAACAGUGUGUGAUAACGGUGAUGGGACCUACCAUAUUUCCUACAGCCCUGAGGAGCCAGGGUUAUAUGCUAUCUGCGUCUAUGUGAAAGGACAGGAUGUACAGGGCUCUCCGUUCACUGUGAUGGUGAAAAGCAAAUUCCGUGAACACCAAGGUGUGUUUCACUGUUGCACGUUCUGCUCAAGCGGAGGGCAGAAAGCUGCUCGCUGUGCCUGUGGUGGGACCAUGCCCGGUGGGUACCAAGGCUGUGGCCAUGGACACAAAGGUCACCCUGGCUGCCCCCACUGGUCAUGCUGUGGACAAGUGAAGGAGAGCUCAGAGUGUUUGGGUGGGCCACCCAGUGACACCUUGCAGAGGAGUUUGCUCAGGACAGUGGCGCUCUAA